AUGUUCCAUCAUGCAUAUGAUUCCUAUUUAAAAUAUGCAUAUCCAUAUGAUGAAUUACGCCCAUUAACUUGUGAUGGUUAUGAUACAUGGGGAAGUUAUUCAUUAUCACUUGUUGAUGCAAUUGAUACAUUAGCUACAAUUGGUAAUAGUACAGAAUUUGCUAGAGUUUAUAUACUUAUUCAAAAUUUGGAUAUUGAACGUGAUAUUAAUGUUAGUGUGUUUGAAACUAAUAUUCGAGUUAUCGGUGGUCUUCUUUCUGCUCAUCUUCUUGCUAAACGUAUGAAUGUUUCUGUAAGUGAUACAUGGCCAUGUACAGGGCCAUUACUUGAACUUGCUGUUGCCCUUGCUAAUAAAUUAUUACCAGCUUUUGAUACUGCAACAGGUAUACCUUAUGGUACAGUCAAUCUGGUUUGGGGUGUACCAGUCGAUGAAACAAAUGUAACAUGUACUGCAGGUGGUGGAACAUUUUUAGUUGAAUUUGGAACAUUAUCUCGUCUUACUGGUGAUCCUAUAUAUGAACAAGUAGCAUUAAGAGCUUUACAAAGUCUUUGGUCAAAACGUUCUUCACUUAAUCUUGUAGGAAAUCAUAUAAAUAUUCAAACAGGUGAAUGGACAGCAAAUGAUUGUACAAUUGGUUCCGGUGUUGAUUCUUAUUUUGAAUAUUUAGUAAAAGGUGCAAUAUUAUUUCGACAACCCGAGUUAAUGAAUAUGAUGAAUGAAUAUAUAAAAGCAAUUGAUGAGCAUUUAAGUGAUGGAACUGGAUGGUUUGUCUAUGCAAAUUAUCAACAGGGACGAAAGACAAUGCCAUUAUUCGCAUCACUGGAUGCUUUUUAUCCAGGUUUGUUGACUUUGGUUGGACAACUUGAUCGAGCCAAGGAAACAUUAUAUGCUUAUCAUGCAAUGUGGAGAAAAUAUGGUGGAAUGCCAGAAUUUUAUAAUCUUGUAAACCAAGAUUGUAUGCAAGGAAGAGAAGGUUAUCCAUUACGGCCAGAACAUAUUGAAUCAAUAAUGUAUUUAUCAAAAGCAACAGAUGAUGAUAUAUUUUUAUUUAUGGCUGCUGAUAUAUUUGAAGCUAUUGAAUCAUGUUGUAAAACAUCUUGUGGUUAUACAUCAGUAAAUUAA